AUGUCUUACUACGAUAUUGAUGCCAUUUUGACGGAUGCUCAAAAGCUCCCAUGCACAUUCGAAUUGGAAGUACCUGGACUUGGGUUCCUUGAGGGGAAUCCAGGCGAAAAUAUCAAGACAGGAACCCAGGUAGACUUGCCGUUAUGGCUCSGCGAGAUGCUCUCUAUCGGUGCUCGACUCGGCACAUCGCGACUCGUCACUCUAGAUCUACCCUCGGCGCUCUCCGAACGCGUCUUGAAUGCCCUCAAAGCAGACCCUCGAACCGUCGACCUUCGAUCGCUGGCGCCGCAUUUCUAUAGUCUGGGAAUAAGAGUAUUGGAAUUGUUUGAAGCAGAUAACAUGGCGGAUAUCUUGAGCGAUACGUUCCGGAAACGAGCAUCGGAAAUCGCAGACCACGCGCACAACUCACGCGGUGCUUUGGGUGAAGGAGUCGAGUUCUUGAGAGGGUUGGACGAGACCGAAAGACAAUUAUUCCGCAUAGCUCACGACAGCGCCAAGGAGAUUCGGAUCUGGUCAGGCGAAGCCAAAAAGUCAAAGUAA